UAGGUUUCAGAGCAAAAGAGCACAGGUGGCUAGAUGCUGUGACAGUUUGUCUGUCAGAGUGUGUGUGUGUAUAUGAGUGCAUGCAAGGCUUUCUGUCUUCUGUCAUGGAGCUGUAACAAUAUAACAGAGGCUUAGUGUGCAUAGGUAUAAACAGCAGAGUGUGAAGGAGCAGAAAACAUCUCAAAAGUCAGUGAAGUCAGUCUUGAGUUGGACAGGUGAACGUCAGGGAUGGGGACAAUCCCGCACGACAUUAGGAGACUUUUGGACGACUGUGAGCUGUUUGUAACAGAGAUCCUUCAGGAUGAGGACCUCACUGAAGGUGCCCAAGAGACACGCAAAGUCCUGCUGAAUAACUUCAAGGUCGUCCAUGUAAGAAACCCUCAGGAAUUCCCCUUCCCGCCGGACUACAGGGAAGAAGAUGGUUCUGAUGACAACCGCAGCUCCAGUCUGGGUCGCUCUGCCCCUUCAGACGACGCCUCAGUUGCCUCUGACUACCAGGAUGAGGGAGGCCCUGAGUACUUUGAGGACAUUGCUCCUGUAGCUGCCCAGGACCUCAGCAACAUCUUGAAGCAAGGCUACUUGGAGAAGAAACGAAAAGACCACAGCUUCUUCGGCUCUGAGUGGCAGAAGAGAUGGUGUGUUCUGAACAACUCAAUAUUCUACUACUUUGGGAGUGAAAAAGAUAAACAGCAAAAGGGCUCCUUCUAUAUCAGUGACUACAGUGUGCAGCUGGCCACCAACCUGAGAAAAGACUCCAAGAAAAAUGCCUGUUUUGAGCUUGUUUCAUAUGGACGUCGGACUUUCCAGUUCACUGCCAGCAGCCCUCAAGAGGCCAGAGAAUGGGUAGAUCAAAUCAAUUUUGUACUUAAAGAUCUCAGCUCCAGCUUCAUCCCUUGUGAUGACGACGAGGAGGAGGAAGAGGAGACCUAUGAUGACAUUGAAGGGGUGACUGGCCCUCCCCCGCCAGGGCCAGGUGCUGGCCGGGUCUCUCAGAGCGCCAAACACAGAGGAGGGCAGGAGAUGGGGGAGGUCGACGAGGAGGACGAGGAUAUCUAUGAGGUGCUGCCAGAGGAGGAUUUCCCAGAUGCGGUGGAUGAGAACAGUGAGAAGAACAACAAACUAGCUUCUUCAUCAGAUUAUGCUAACUACUACCAGGGUUUAUGGGAUUGCCAGGCCGAUGAGCCAGACGAGCUGACCUUCCAGAGAGGAGAUCUCAUCUACGUCAUUAGCAAGGAGUACAACAUUUAUGGCUGGUGGGUCGGCGAGCUGAACGGCACCGUGGGCAUUGUCCCCAAAGACUUCCUGCACCCUGCUUACAUCCUCUGAGCUCCAACAGAGCUGCUGCUGCUACUGACAAAUCUGGCCGUGAAUUUCACAGACAACCCUGUCAGAUAAUCUUUGCAAUUUGAAAAUUAUUCUCCCUCAUAAGACUGUAAAUUAUAUCAUGUAAAUCUGUCGCAGUAGUACUUAUUUCUGUGCACUAUAAACCAUUUGUAAAAGGCCCUGACUGCUAUAUGGAUGCACAAACUAGAUAUGAAAACAGCUGAUGAAUCAGUUGGUCACUCAACAGAAAGAUAAGAAUAAUUUUGAUUAUUGAUAAAUCAUUAAAUGUUAUUAUGGUAAAUAUUAACACAUUCUGUGGUUUCAGGUCAUCAAAUUUGAGGUUUUUUAUAUUUAUAAAAUAAAGAUAUUUGGCUUUGAACUGUUAAAAACGGACUUUUCCAUUGUUUUCUAGCAUUUUAUGUACUAAACUACUGACCAUUUAAACAGAGACAUAACAGCACAUUCAUAAUGAAUAAUAAAAAAUAACUUAGUUGCAGCUUUGGUACAAACUGAAUAUUCAUUAUGGACUGGUACAGAUAGUGAUUGUCUGGUAAAAAUCACGUUAGUGAAUUGUAAAUGAUUUCCCCUCAAUCUAGAAAUUGUUGUAAUCAGUGACAUGAAAAAGCUGAUUUUAUGUACUAUAUAUAAAAUAUUUUAAACUACAUAAUGUCUGGAGUAUACGAGAAAUCAGAAAUAUCUAAUAUUUGCUUGCAUCUGCUUUUCAGUUGAAAUUAAACUUCUUUCAUUUUCACCCA